AUGACUCUGCGAGGAGCAGCUCAGGAUUGGUUCCACACUCUACCGUUCGCGUCAAUAGGCAACUUCAAGGAGUUCGCCAUCAUUUUCACAAAGGAGUACACCUCCUACAAGACAGUCAGAAGGCAUGCGGACCACCUGUUCAAUCUGCGCAAGAAGCCAGACGAGUCUCUACGAGACUACCUGAGACGAUUUAAGGCUGAGAAGGCUAACAUCAUAGGAUGCAACGACCAAGUUGCAUCCUCAGCUUUCAAGAAGGGCUUGCCAACCGAGCACGAGCUAUACCGGGAGUUGGCCAUAACUCAAGUCAAACCUUGGCAGAAGUGUUCGCGACGGCAGAGCGCUACGCACUUUGGGACGAUGAUCGUAUCGCCGCAAAGAAAGCUAGCAAACAAGUUGACCAUCCGACGAAGCAGGCAAGCCAAAAGAGCAACAAGUUCAAGCAAAAAGCCCGAGAUAAGCGCAGAUCGCGGCCCUAAGAGGGAAGCUCAGAAAUAG